AUGGGCAACAUUAGCAGCAGACUUGACGAUGGCGCCCUGCUAUACCUAAAGGACCAAGCGCGCUUCUCCAUCAGUUCUAUUGUUGUCAGCAAUGGCCGACGGAAAGGUCUUUUGAGUCUUGUGCCCAACGCCUAUCCAGCAUUGCGUCUACUUGGAAAGCCAGAUGCCACAGACUACAGACCCAUUUCGUAUAUCCAGGAUCCUGAUUCCUCCGCCCUUUCUUUCCUUCCUAGGCUGGAUCUCGAAGAUGAACUUGAAAUCCACUUCACAUUUAUAACGCGACAGAACUCUGGUCCCCUCCCAGCGACUCCUUCUACGUCCACCGCAGCUGUUGACACAACAAUUUCAGGGUUGACUUUCGCCUACGCACAGAAUGCCAAAGAGCUGGAUACUCUGGUAACACGCGAGUUUCACGCCGAUCCAAAUCUGCACAAGAAUUCCAACGUCCAAUUCAUCGGCGACUUUGGGACGCAUGGGAGCCCUGCAGUAACUUACGAAUGGACUUGGCAUUGGAAACCCCCGAAGGCCCAAGAGGACAAGGGUGGAGGUUGGCGCAACUGCUGCAGUUUCCUUGAGUAUGAUUCCAGAGCGCACAGACUUAAUACCCUCGCGUCUUUUUCAUUCUGGGUCCAGAACACCACCUUCACAAUCGGAGUACCACUUGCUUCUCCGGGUCUGGAGAUACCGAUACCGCUUCAUAGGCAUAGGAUGCCGUCGUCGCAGUCAUAUCAGUCCGCAGUCAGCGACUCGGAGGGCCCUUCAGAGCCACAAAUGCCGGCUUCGCCGCAGAUGCGGCCGAAAGACUACAGCUUUAGUGCGCCAACCUCCGCUCCUUCGCUGCCUGUCAUCGACGUUCAGUGCGCGAGGCCGGGAGAAGAUGUCAGCGCAGUUGAGGAUGGUCCGGUUUUCAGAGCCACUAUGAAGGCGCUAGAGCAGAAGACGGGGACUAUGAAAGUCCAGAUCAAGAAGGUGCUGAAGAAAGCCGAAGCAGCACAACAGGCCCAGGUGGAGUGCAACCAGGCCAUGUCCGAAUUCUUAAGAGCGCUUCAAGAGGCUUCCAUGUCCAACGCAACGGCCUUCAAGCCAGCCCUCGACCAUUAUUUUCUGAACAUUGCCCAACAGAUACACAAAUAUGAAAAAGGAAACAGCACGUUAUUGCAAAAACAAAUCAUCGACCCCAUUUCAAAGCUGUAUAAUAUGGACAUCAAACAGGUCGAGGCGAAGAAGAAGGACUUUGACGACGAGAGUCGAGACUACUACGCCUAUGUAGGUCGGUAUCUCGGUCAGAGGCAGGACUCUCUGAAGGACAAGAAACGUGCAGAGAGUGAUUCCAAAUAUCAGUCAAAGAGGAAAAACUUUGAGCUCAAGCGAUUCGAUUAUUCGACCUUCAUGCAGGAUCUUCACGGCGGGCGCAAAGAACAAGAACUCCUCUCGCAGCUCACAAAAUAUGCCGACGGCCAGGCAAAAGCAUUCCUUGCUACUGCAAAGAAGGUGGAAAGCCUAACCCCGCAGUUAGACGCUCUUGUAAAGGAGGUCUCCGAGGCUGACAAAGAAUACAACUUGCAAAGGACGGAAAGAGAGGAAAAGAGAAGAAACCUCGAGAAGAACGGGCCGAUUACUGCAGAUUCCGAUCUGCAUCACCAUCCUCCAGCGCUUUCGACUCAGAUGGUGGCACAAAACGGUCACGGCGGAUAUACCUCCGACACUGACCUUAGCAGGGCCGAUAGCACCAGCUCUCAAUUCGGCCACGCGUCAAUCAAAACAUUGUCGCCUACUACCAACUCAACGUUGCCUGUAGGCACUGUCCUGUCAACAUCGCCGAGCGCAACCUCAAUAGCGCCGACGCCCAGCAAGUUCAAAGGUAUCCGUGAUCUUGAUGAAAGCUCGACAUCCACAGCCGACAAAUCUUCCGUUGGACAGUACCGGAAAGAGGGACUGUUGUGGGCAUUAAGCAAGCCUAAUUCCCAUAUCGACCCUAAAGGAGCCUGGCACAAAUUCUGGAUCGUACUUGAUCAAGGAAAACUCUCAGAGUACAGCAAUUGGAAGGACAAGUUGGAUCUGCACCGUGAGCCAAUUGACCUUCGCAUGGCUUCCGUCCGCAUUGCCCGAGAUGCAGAACGCCGCUUUUGUUUCGAGGUCAUCACACCUCAGUAUAAGCGAGUUUACCAAGCUACCACUGAAGACGAGAUGAAUAAUUGGAUCAAUGCAAUCAACAAUGCGCUGCAGAGCGCCGUGGAGGCGGGUGGGCAAGUGCCUCAGCAGAGCCGAAAGGAGCACCAUAUCGGACGUGAAUUUGGACAGAUGUUCACAGGCAAGAGCUCGUCACAAUCUGGCCCUCACGGCUAUUCGCAGAGAAGUGAUGCAGGCGGAGUGUCGCGACGCAUCACUGUCGGUGCUAGACCCACCUAUACCAGGACGAGUAGUAACAGCUACGAGGAGAAUCCGUCCAAGCUGCUCGAUUUGAUCAGGAACAACGACCAUGGAAAUCAGUUCUGUGCUGAUUGUGGCUCAGCAUCGAAGGUCGAAUGGGUAUCUCUGAACCUGGGGAUCAUUUUGUGCAUCGAAUGUGGCGGGAUUCAUCGCUCACUGGGUACCCAUGUGUCCAAGAUUCGAUCCCUGACCUUGGAUGUACACUCCUUCACUAACGAUAUUGUCGAACUUCUCAUGCUGAUCGGCAACCGAAUCAGCAAUAUGAUCUGGGAGGCACGCCUCGAUCGGUCCCUGAAGCCAGAUUCAAACGCCUCUCGCGAGCAGCGGCUGAAGUUCAUAACCGCCAAAUACGUCGAGCGGGCCUACGUCGAGCCUGUGCCUCACUACGGGUCUGCUGACGACACAUUACUGACGUCGAUUAAGAAACAUGACAUUCAGGGAGUCCUUCAGGCCAUCGCCCAACGGGCCAAUGUCAACGCCCACGACCGAUCCAGGAAUACCCAUGCGGUGUUUCUUGCUCUGACAGCUGCUGACCCAGCUCGUCCGGUAUCCUCCCACUCGAACACACCAACGGGAACCGUUAAAGCUUUCCCAAUGGCCGAGCUAUUAGUGCAGAACGGAGCUGAAGUUCCUGUCGAACCUCCAGCUAUUCCCUUGUCAGCCGCUGCGCAAUUGUACGUUGACCAGAGGACCGCGCGCGCAAUACCGAGUCAUGGUGGCCACACAGACACAUUAGGGCCUUUGCCCGUCGUACACAGGACUGUACCAUUGUCAUCUUCGUCAGACGGGUCCAACAGGUUGCAAAAGCGCGGUAGUGCUGGCGCAAGGUUUGCCGGUAAAGUGGCGAGCCUGUCGGAACGAUAG